AUGGCCAUCGUUAAAAGAGGAGGACGUACCAAAAAGAACGCUGAGGCGCCAGCCAGGAUUCAAAAGGCCGAAUUCGAUAUAGGCAAAAAGAAGGAAGUCGGAGUCUCAGAUUUGACGUUGUUAUCUAAAAUCAGCGAUGAAUCCAUCAAUGAAAAUUUACACAAAAGAUUCCAAAACGAUACUAUCUAUACAUACAUUGGACAUGUGUUGAUCUCGGUCAAUCCAUUCAGAGAUUUGGGUAUUUACACUCCGGAUUGGCUCAAGAAGUACCAGGGUAAGAAUAGACUUGAAGUCCCCCCUCACGUUUUUGCCAUUGCAGAGUCAAUGUACCACAACUUGAAGUCAUACGGUGACAAUCAAUGUGUUAUAAUUUCUGGUGAGUCGGGUGCCGGUAAAACAGAAGCAGCAAAGCAAAUUAUGCAGUAUAUUGCCGCGUCGAGUGGUUCCUCGUCCACUGAUAGUCCUUUAGAAGUCCAACAACAGGUGCAACAACUGGGACAAGGUAUUUCACACAUCAAGGAUAUGGUACUUGCUACCAACCCGCUUCUUGAGUCCUUCGGUUGUGCCAAAACCCUUCGUAACAACAACUCUUCUCGUCAUGGUAAAUAUCUCGAGAUUUUCUUCGACAGCACGCAACAUUUACCAAAGUCUGCCCAUAUCACCAACUACUUGCUAGAAAAGCAGAGAGUUGUCUCACAAAUCACCAACGAGAGAAAUUUCCAUAUCUUCUACCAAUUUACAAAGCAUUGUCCCCCACAAUAUAAGGAAACUUUUGGUAUCCAAGGACCAGAAACCUAUAUUUACACUUCCGCUUCCAAAUGUGUCAAUGUAGACGGUGUUAAUGAUGCAAAGGACUUCCAGGAUACUUUACUGGCUAUGCAGACUAUAGGUAUUUCAUCUCUGGAACAGGAUAGUAUUUUCAGAAUGCUUGCUCUGAUAUUGUGGAUCGGUAAUAUUUCCUUUAUUGAAGACGAAACUACAGGAAACUCCAUAAUAAGAGACGAUUCGGUCAGUCAAUUUGUUGCAUAUUUAUUGCAAGUUGAUCACGAAUUAUUAAAGAAAAGUCUUGUCGAGAGAGUUAUGCAGACCUCUCACGGUAUGAGAAGAGGUUCUACAUACCAUGUUCCAUUGAAUAUUGUUCAAGCUAUUUCUGUUAGAGACGCUUUGGCCAAGGGUAUCUACAACAACUUAUUCGAAUGGAUAGUUGAAAGAGUUAAUAAAUCCUUAUCAGGUGAAAGCGGUUACAACAACCUUGAUGGCCCUUCAAUUGGUAUAUUGGAUAUUUAUGGAUUCGAAAUUUUUGACCAAAAUUCUUUCGAACAAAUUUGUAUCAACUACGUUAACGAAAAGUUACAACAGAUUUUUAUUCAAUUGACCCUCAAAACCGAACAAGAAGAAUAUGUUCAAGAAAAAAUUCAAUGGACCCCUAUUGAAUACUUCAACAAUAAGGUUGUUUGUGAUUUAAUUGAAGCCACUAGGCCUACCCCAGGUUUGUUCGCGGCAUUGAACGAUUCAAUUAAAACUGCACAUGCUGAUUCAGAUGCCGCUGAUCAAGUUUUUGCUCAAAGACUAUCAAUGGUAGGGGCACAAAAUAAACAUUUUGAAGAUAGAAGAGGCAAGUUUAUUAUUAAGCAUUACGCUGGUGAUGUUACAUACGACAUUGUAGGUAUGACAGAUAAAAAUAAGGAUUCUAUGUUGAAAGAUUUAUUAGAAUUAUUGUCAACUUCAAGCAAUCCUUUCAUGGAAGUUUUGUUCCCUCCUGAAUUGUUAACUGUGUUGUCAGAUUCAAGAAAGUCCCCUCCAACUGCAUCGGAUAAAAUCAAAAAGUCUGCCAAUUUAUUGGUUGAAACUUUAUUAAAAUGUCAGCCAUCAUAUAUUCGUACGAUAAAACCCAAUCAAACUAAAAGACCAAAGGAUUAUGAUAACGCACAAGUCUUGCAUCAAAUCAAAUACUUGGGGUUGAAGGAAAAUGUCCGUAUUAGACGUGCCGGAUUUGCUUCGAGACAAACUUUUGAUAAGUUUGUUCAAAGAUUCUACUUGUUAUCUUCAAAGACAGGAUAUGCUGGUGAUUAUAUUUGGAAUGGUGACGAUAUAAGUGCAGUUAAGGAAAUUUUGAAGGCUUGCUUCAUUCCAAAUUCUGAGUACCAAUUAGGUGUUACUAAAGUCUUUAUUAAGACUCCAGAAACUUUGUUUGCGUUGGAAGACAUGAGAGAUAAGUACUGGCAUAAUAUGGCCACCAGAAUCCAAAGAGCAUGGAGAAGAUAUCAACAGCGUAAAAUUGAUGCAGCUAAGUUGAUUCAAAAUGCUUGGAGAAACAAGAAACAUGGAAAUCAAUUUGAACAAUUGAGAGAUUACGGUAACAGUUUACUCGCAGGAGGAAAGGAAAGACGUAGAAUGUCGAUGCUUGGUUCGAGGGCGUUUAUGGGUGAUUACUUGGGUUGCUCUGGAGGUUACGGUAAGUUCAUAGUGUCACAGGCUGGGUUAUCUAAUGAUUAUAUCAUUUUCUCAGCAAAGGGAGAAAUUUUGUUGAGUAAAUUCGGUAGGUCAUCCAAGAGAUUUUCGAGAGUAUUUUUGUUAACUAGAAGCUCAUUGUAUAUCAUAAGUGAACAAGUUGUUGAAGGUAGACUUCAAGUAUCCAAAGAAUUUACUAUCCCAGUUGGACAAAUUAAGUACGUUGCACUUUCUAACUUACAAGAUAAUUGGGUUGCAAUUUCAAUGUCAUCAAGUACAUUACCUGACGUCUUUAUCAAUUUGGAUUUCAAGACAGAAUUGGUCACUGAUUUGAAGAAAUUAAACCCUGGCGUAACUAUUAAGAUAGGUCCAACAGUUGAUUACUUGAAAAAGCCAGGAAGCAAGAAAUUGCAUUCUGUUAAAUUUGCAGUUGGCCAAGCUCCUGAAAGAGGGGAUAUCUACAAGAGUGGAACUGUUACAGUAGCUAAGGGUUUACCACCAAACUCCGUUAAUCCUAAGAGACCAAAGGGUAUAUCAGCGAAAGUUGACUAUAGUAAAUAUAGAAGAGGUACUGGAGGUAGAACUGUUAGGCCCGCUCCUAACUAUGGUAAUCAGCCUGUUCAGCAACAGUCAUACCAACAGCCAGCCCAGCAACAAUACCAACAACCUGUUCAGCAACAAUAUCAACAACCAGCUCAGCAACAUACCGCUAGGAAGGUUCCGCCACCAGCACCAAAUUCACAAUCUCUCAAUAGAACCGGGGUGCCACCAUCAGCAGCAGCUUCAGCUGCGUCGGCUGCCGUUGCAUCCCAUGUGACUCCAGCCAGCAAACCAACAUCCGCUGCACAACCUCAGCGCCCUGUGAAAAAGGCGGCUCCUACCCCACCAGUUAAAAAGACAGUGCCACCACCUCCUCCUCCACCACCUCCGGCAGCUAUCAACAAGCCAAAAUGGCCCACCUACAAAGCUGCAUACGACUUUGCUGGCUCAGGUGCAGCCUCUGAAUUACCAAUUACUAAGGACACUAUUGUCUACAUAACUCAGCAAAAUCCUAAUGGUUGGUCUUUAGCAAAGUUGUUAGACGAAAGUAAAGAGGGUUGGGUUCCUUCAGCGUACAUUGUUGAAUGUGAUCCGCCUGUCACUGGUUCUAAUGGCCCACCUCCUCCACCUCCCCCACCAGCAGGGUUAUCAGCUAAUAGGCCCGCUGCUACUUCCAACGGGCUUGCAUCUAAUGGAACAAAUGGAUCAUUAGGGAAUGGUUUGGCAGAUGCACUCAAGGCCAAGAAGACAGAGGAGACUACUCUUGCUGGAUCUUUGGCUGAUGCACUCAAAAAGAGAGGUGUUACUAGAGACAGCGAUGAAGAAGAAGAUGACGAUGAUUGGUGA